CUUGGUGAAAUUAGACGAGAUGAUGGUUGUUUAGAUUUUUCGGGUGGUGUACAUGAAGUAGGAAAAGAUGAUAAAAUUAUUGUCUAUCCAUGUCAUGGAAUGAAAGGCAAUCAACAUUGGACAUAUAAAGAGAACGGUCGUAUAUUUCAUCAAGUAUCAUCUUUGUGUUUGGCAUUAUCCACUGAUAAUAAGCAUAUUCAAAUGGAAAAAUGUGAUGAAUCAAAUUCGAGACUUAAAUGUUCAACUAGCUGUUUGUGGCUACCGUCACGCAAAGCAUCAUUUAUUCACAAACUUCUCGGCUAUGGCGACUUCUUGCCAGCGGAUGAGGGUGCCGUGAUAGCGCGCAUCGUCAAAUUCUCCUAUGCACCAUCGGAAGACGCCUGCCUCAUCAAAUAUAGCAGGGUGGUCAAUCACACGGAGGUUGAAGAUCAAGUUGAUUUGUCGAAUUGUUUCAAGGACAAUAAGACGGCCAAAACGCGUACUAAGGCUCUCAGAACACUCAUCAAGAUACAUUUGAGACGACCAGAAGGUUUUGACGAAAACUCUAAUGAAUUCGUCUGUUGGGCAAAGAGUCUCAUCGAAAUUCGUAUUCCUUCGCCAACUCUCGAGCUGGGUUUGCAUGUCUACGACACGCCAGGCUUUCUCAGUUCGGAUGCAUCUGUUCUACGUGAAAAUUUGCUUGCAUUGUUGGCCAGCGUUCGUCCGACUUUAGUUUUUCUCUACGACAAUGCAACGGUUUCUGAUGAUUCACGUAAAUGUGACGAACAAUUGAAAGUUGCUCGGCAUAGCCAACUUUUGGGCGUCGAUAUUUUCUUUCUCAAUAUGAAACCUGAUGUAACCGUUAUACGAAAAAACGCUAUUAAUGAUGACGACGACGAUGCUGAUGAUAAUGAUGAUGAGAAACUAUUGGAAAAAGAACGUUUAUGUCGCUACAAGCUGCUAAUCAAUGUCGACGAAAUGAAACGACGAGCGAUCGAUCGUAUUAUUCUUUACGCUGCCGAACAUGAUUUACGACCAUCAAAAUUUGUGAUCAGUAUUGCUCAUGCAAGUAUUGAUGCGUUUUUCGAUUUUAUUCUUCUCACCAACCGACGUUCACGUGAUGAAUGGAACAGAUUGCGCGACGAUGUAUUACAAGGGGGUGAACACUUUUUUCAGCAAUACCGGGACGGCGUCGACAGGAUUGGCGACGAAGCAAAUCGACGUUUGCCACAACGUUUCCGUGAGAAACGUAAAGAUAUUGGAAACAGAGCCAUGGCUGAUUGUGAGACAAGAGGCAUUCACAAAGUACAUUUAUUAUUACAAUUACAGUAUAAAUAUGACAAUCCAUUUCCACCAUUUGAAUUAUUACAAUUGGAUUUAUUAACAUUAAUUUUUUAUGAAAGUAUGCAUGCCUUAUUACGUGAUAUAGAAAAUAAUUAUAACUUAAGUACACCAAUUGAUUAUGCAGAAACCAAUGUAAAAGAAUCCGGUGCAUGUAUUGAAAAAUAUAUAUUUUCGUGUUGUCCAGGUUGGAUAGAAAUAUAUAAAUGUAAUAUUAUAUCUCUUCCAGAAAUAUGUUCAAUUAUGAAUGCAUUUAAAACAGAUCAACCUGUAUCAUCAUUGUUAUCACAAGAUCUAAACGUUUUUGUUAGAAAUGUUUCUACAAUGGCAUUGGAUAUAACAUCUAUUGUGAGGAAAGUUUAA